GCACUACAAACCAAUGGCAGGGGAAAAAGUCAGCAAAAGCUUACCUCUUAACAGCGCUAAAGUCAUCGAGGAUUUCCUUGCUAUUAAAGACAAAUUCUCCCAUCGCUUCCUGGGUCUUUUUCACCAGAGGAACUCGCCUACAAUGGGGAAAAUCUGGAUUGAAGUUUGCCUGAUUUCAGCACGGGGUCUCCAGCGUUCAUCGCUGUGGAAGCUCCAGUGGUUUGCAGUAGGUUGGGUUGAUCCUAACAACAAAUAUUGCACCAAGAUUGAUGCUUCUGGGAAUGCAAACCCAGUUUGGAAAACCAAGUUCUCAACCUUGGUUGAUGACUCUGAAUCGAAGUUCCAAGAUCUGGCACUAUAUGUUGAAGUUUACAGUAGAGAGCCCAUUUUCCUCAGAGAAAAGCUUCAAGGGACAGCAACUGUUAACUUAAAAGAAUUUCUGGCCAAGCAUAUUAAGAAUUCUGAGGCUUCAAAGCCAGGGACUCAAGAUGUAGGCAGCUUUCAGUUGCGGAAAAGGAAAUCCAGCAAACCUCAUGGAUUUGUUGAUAUUUCAAUUAGGAUUUCAGAGGAGAGGGAAGAGCCAGAUUCUUACUCAGGUAAAGAGGAAGGGUUUGAGCUUAUGGAUCACAGCAGUGGCAUCACAUUGGCUCCUGCAGAUGCUUCAACCCAUGCUUACCCUCCACAAAGGCCUCUGGCGCCCCUUGGCCAGCCACAAAAUCCUCCACAGACAAAUUUCCCAUAUUCCCAUCCCAUGCCAUUCCCUACAAACAAUUCCAAUCCAGCUCUGGGUGGACCAAGCUACCCAUCUGCAGGUGGAACAAGCUAUCCUCCCCCACGAAGUCCUCCACCUCCACCCCCACCUUCUAAUGUUGGCUACAUCCCCACUUUUCUCCCAAGAACGGAUCAUCUGCCAGGGACUUACGUAAACAUGCCACCAUCAGGAUCCGGCGCUGGAAGCAGUCGUGGACCUGGUUUUGGAGUGGGGGUGGGUGCUGGAGCAUUAGCUGCUGGUGCUGUGAUCUUUGGGGAUGAUUUCAUGUCAGGAUUUGAUUUUCCUACAGGCUUGCAGGAUGCUAGUCUUACCAUAUCCACUGAUCCUCUGUUCUGAGAGGACUUAAUACUUUUUUACAUGUGUUGUAAUGCAAUAAGGAUCAUAUUAGAUUUCGCUAUCAAGUUGAAAGCCAAAUUGUGGGUCAUGGGAGCACGGGUUUUGUAAGGUCUAUAUGCGGAUGCUAUCCCAGAUAUGCUGCAAAAGCAGAAAAUUAGAAGCAAAGACAAUUGAAUUA